CCCACAGCAGGUCCAGUCUUUGAUUCUGACAGAAAGGACAAAUUUGUUAUCUGGCUGAUUAGCUGGUAUUUUGUAAGCAUCAAGCAAAGUGCAGCCAAACUCUGCUGGGAGCAAUAAACAGGAAGAAACAAGCCAGUAAAACCCAACCACAAGCUGACUGGAAAUUAGUGACUACUGGUCAUCACUGUCAAAAGAGAAGCACAAGACUCAAUGCUGUCACUUCUACAGAACAGCACAGAAAUUAAACCCUCUUGUUCUCCAUGCCAGGGUACUCAGAGUUUUACUUCAAUGUGGACCAUGGCUACCUGGAGGGGCUGGUCCGAGGUUUUAAAUCUGGGAUCUUGACGAAUGCAGACUACAUCAACCUAGUGCAAUGUGAAACACUGGAAGACUUGAAGUUACAUCUACAGACCACAGACUACGGCAAUUUCUUGGCCAAUGAAACUGGCCCUCUCACCGUUUCCACCAUUGAUGAUAAACUGAAAGCCAAAUUACUCACAGAAUUUCACUACUUUAGAAACCAUGCCUUUGAACCCCUUGCCACAUUUCUGAACUUCAUCACAUACAGCUAUAUGAUUGACAACGUGAUUCUGUUGAUAACUGGUACACUGCAUCAGAGACCCAUAGCUGAACUUGUUCCCAAGUGCCAUCCAUUGGGUAGUUUUGAGCAAAUGGAAGCAGUCAGCAUUGCCCCAAACCCUGCUUAACUAUUCAAUGCAAUUUUGGUUGACACACCAUUAGCACCUUUCUUUCAAGACUGCUUGUCUGAAAAUGAUUUGGAUGAAAUGAACAUUGAAAUAAUGCGCAACAAGCUAUACAAGUCUUAUCUCGAGGCUUUCUAUAAGUUCUGUGAAAAACAAGGAGGUACCACAGCAGAAAUAAUGUGCCCUGUUCUUGAGUUUGAAGCAGACAGACGUGCCUUUAUCAUCACCAUUAAUUCAUUUGGCACAGAGCUGAGUAAGGACGACAGAGAGAAACUAUAUCCAACUUGUGGAAAACUUUAUCCAGAAGGCUUACACCUGCUGGCUAAUGCAGACGACUAUGAACAAGUGAAGUGUGUGGCAGAUUACUAUGCGGAGUACAAAGCUUUGUUUGAAGAGGUAGGAAGUGGUACUGGCGAAAAGACAUUGGAAGAUGCGUUUUUCGAAUAUGAGGUAAAAAUGAAUGUGCUUGCAUUUAAUAAUCAGUUCCAUUUUGGAGUGUUCUACGCUUAUAUAAAGCUGAAGGAACAAGAAAGCAGGAAUAUUGUCUGGAUUGCAGAAUGCAUUUCCCAGAGACAUAGAACCAAAAUUAACAACUACAUUCCUAUUUUCUAAUUCAGAUAAUUUAUAAUGUUAAGGUACAUAAACAGAAACAAUUUGUGAAUAUAAAGAAAAGCAAAAGAUUAAAGAUUUUUACCCAUUUUUUAAAUAAUGUUUUAAUUGUCAAUUGUCUGUUUAGCACAAUGGAAGCAGAACAAUAGAAGAUAAUAGAAACAAGUAUUUUUCCUUUUAUCAGAUAUUUAAUUAUUUGUAGCUGUUGUGCCCCGCAAAUGUGCCCAUGUUAAUUUAGUUGGUCAAUAAAAAUUGACUAUAAUUGUCUGUUUAUUCUUUGGCUCCCACACAAAUAUAAGUGUAAUUUCUAUGUUUUGCACUAGUAGUUUUUGGAAAUCUCAUCACAGCAUUUACUUUGGAAGACCAGCAGUUUUCCCAAAAGACAUGGUUUAGUGCAUGACAACAGAACUACCAUUUCAAUCUAGACCAUAGUUAAAUGAAAAUUAAGGGUUUUUUCAUGUUGCUGUUCCUUCAAGGCUUGCCUUACAAGGGAUUCUGAGGGAUUAACUGGGGGAAGAGUGAGACAGACAAAAUUUGUGACAACCCUCUUGCUACUCUUCUGCCAUUUUCUUUCAUCUAUGACGUGUGCACUAAACUUCAAGUCCCAGAAUCAUGGAACAAGUGGUGUGUAAAGGUCAAAAGACUGUAAUCAUGGGGGGCACUCAUAUACCAUUUGUUAGGUACUAUACAAGAAUCAAGAUGAUUAUAUCCAUUCAAACUUUAGAGGAAAAAAGACAAAUUCAUUGGAAAGCUGCAACUUAGAUAAACAUCUGUUAAAUUCCAAAGUAACUGAGAAGUUAAAUACCAGAAUUUCUCAUGCUGUUUUGGAUACUUAUGACUCAUAUAGAAAAGUAAAGAUGUUAAUGUACUGCAUGAAUCCUAGGACAGAAGAAUACUACAAUUUUAAAUUAUUUUGUAAUAAUAUGAGCUGACAGUUUUCUAUAGGAACAUAUUAGGAAUUUAUUAAAAGCUGAUGAUUAAUGAGGAAAAAUGAGUCACUUUUUAAAAUAAAUUCUCUGGGUCUAUUUGGUAUCUCUGAUCCACCCUAUCUGGUACAAAUUAUCAGAAAACAAAUUACUACUACUAUAAAAAGACAAUAUGCUGACAUAUAAAGGGUUUGCAGUAUUCCAUUUUUGGUAUAUGUAAUUGCCUGCUUACAUUAUUAUUUUCGCUAUGUUUUCCUAAUUUAUAUUUCCUAUGUUACUCCAUGACCAAAACUUCUUAGUCUGCAGCUACAUUAUAUAUAGGAAGAAAGAAGACUAAAAUGUCUUUUAAAGUCUUGCAAUACUCUUUUGCUAAUAGGAAUUAAGGAGCUUAUUUACAGUCUUAUGAAGAAUGAAAAACGUAGAGGACAGAAUUAACAGGUUCAUCACACAGGAACUAAAAGUAAAUGAGUCUGCACUAAUAAUCAAAUCCUCCCUACUUGUACAAACUGAGUGAACAGUCUUUGUGACAAAGUUUCUCUGAGAAACUUGGAGUGGAAAGUAUUUCAGGGCAUUAGAUGCCAAUUGAGGCAGUGGUCAACUGCUAGGUCAGUCUAUGGAUAGAUGCAGUGGUAUUAACUUAUGUAUUUAAUUAUUUUUUGUGUUAAAAUAAUAACAGCUGUUGAAUAUUGCUUCCAUGAGUAGCUUUGUA